AUGCCUUCAGCGAACAAGCCAACCAAGAACCAGCUCAAAAGAGCUCGGAGAAAAGCCAAAAAAGAUGCCGAAUCAACGGCUCCUCCUGAACAAGGAGCGAAACCUGGCGAAGUUGAUAAGACAGUCGAUGAUCUCCCAAAGCCCGAAAUAAAAAGUAUAAACCAACAACCCGAAGAUGCCGCCCCAAUUGACGAGAGUCUGUGGGAGAUGUACAAGGAUAUCGCAAACAAAUUUGAGACCGGAGAGACAGAAGAAUUGCAGCUUGGAACCUCAAAGCCCCAGGUCUUCUUUGACGAAGAUGACGAAAUACCAGAUGAAGAAGAAGAGGAAGAGCCGAAAAUGUCCAAACGGAAGCGAAAGGAAAUGACCAAGCUGUCUGUUGCCGAACUCAAGGCCUUGGUUCAAAAGCCUGAUCUCGUUGAAUGGACCGAUACCUCGGCUCCUGAUCCGCGAUUGCUUGUUCACAUUAAAGCGCACCGCAAUGUCGUGCCCGUCCCCAGCCAUUGGUCGUUAAAGCGCGAAUAUUUGUCUUCCAAACGAGGUAUCGAGAAGCCUGCCUUUGCACUCCCCAAGUUUAUACAGGAAACCGGGAUAUCUGAGAUGCGCGACGCUGCAUUGGAAAAACAGGAACAAGCCACAUUGAAACAGAAGCAACGAGAAAGAGUACAGCCUAAAAUGGGCCGUCUGGAUAUCGACUAUCAGAAAUUGUAUGAAGCAUUUUUCAGAUUCCAAACCAAGCCGGAAUUAACACGAUAUGGCGAGGUUUAUUACGAGGGCAAAGAGUACGAGACGAAUCUUCGCCAUUUACGUCCAGGAGAGUUGAGUGAUGAGUUGAAGGAAGCACUUAACAUCCCUCCUGGAGCUCCCCCGCCUUGGUUAAUUAAUCAACAGAGAUUUGGUCCUCCUCCUUCAUAUCCAGCAUUAAAAAUCCCUGGGUUAAACGCCCCGCCUCCUCCUGGUGCGAUGUGGGGAUUUCACCCGGGAGGCUACGGAAAACCUCCAGUUGAUGAGCACAAUAGGCCUUUAUAUGGUGGCGAUAUUUUUGGAGUACUCCAGACUCAGCAAACUGCUCAACAUGGAGAACCAGUUGAGAAGGAUCUCUGGGGCGAGUUGCAACCGAUGGAAGAAGAAUCCGAGGAGGAAGAGGAGGAGGAAGAAGAGGAAGAAGAGGAGGAGGAGGAGGCAAUGGAUAAUGUACAUGCGCAAAGUGGGUUGGAAACUCCCAGUGGCUUAGUGUCGACAGUUCCAUCCGAAUUUGGGGCGGCCGAGAGUAUUGGUGGAGAAUUUGAUGUGCGCAAACAUCACCGAGGUACAGAAACAGAAGAAUACACUCAACCGAGGGCUGCGUAUCGCGUCAUUCCCGAGCAGGCAUCCAGAGUUCAGGGAUUCUUUGGCGGUGAUCGGACCUACGACCUCAAAGCACCGGAAGCCAGUAUGCCAGUACUCGGAAGCGAGGAGUCGCAUCGCAAGCGAAAGAAGCCAGAGGAUGUCGAAGUCUCGAUGGAUCCUGAUAUGUUACAAAGCGGUGAUGGCAUAAGUAAAGAACACCUGAAAGGCUUAUACGACGCAGAGAAGCGGCAGGAGUUCUCACAGUGGAAUUUUCAAGAAGACCUCAGUGACAUGAUUGCUAGCGAAAGCAAAAGGAUCCGUAAGGAAGAGGAGAGGCGCGGGAAGCGUUGA